CCUCGACCUGCGAACAUGUCGAACGAUAUAUUACAAACGAAAUGCGAUGCUUGCUCGGAGGUGGCUCACGAACCCUUCAUUGAGUGUUGCGAGUGCGAGAGUAACUUGUGUAUGUCAUGUUUUGCCUCUGGACGCGAAGUGAAUUCCCACAAAAACGACCACAAGUACGCUGUCCGCCGCAACGACUUCCCUCUAUUCGAAAACUGCAACUGGUCCGCCAAGGAAGAGUGCAAGUUACUCUCUGCACUGUCCUCUUAUGGUUAUGGUAAUUGGGAAGAGAUCUCUAAAAGUGUACACACUAGAUCAAAGCUUGAAUGUCAGGAACACUACAAGAAAUAUUAUAUCGAAAAUGUGCAGUAUAAAGGGCUGAAACUUUUGCCAGAAACACAACAGUCCCUGUUCCCUAGACCUGUGAUACCUUAUUUGUAUAGCACAGAGGUGACAAUAAAUCCACCUCGCAACAACCAGGGUGAUCAGCAUUUGGCCGGUUAUAAUGCACACAGAUCUGAAUUUGAGUUAAGCUAUGAUCAUAAUGCAGAAAGCAUUUUUAAUAUUGAAAACAAUUAUUCCGAUGAAGAGGAUGAUGAAGAUGAUUGUAUGGACUCUUUGAAAAUAGCUUUAGUCAACUCACUGAACACCAGGCUGAGAGAGAGGCAGAGGCGGUAUAAAAUUAUACAAAACCAUGGGCUCAUAAUGCCCAGCAAGCUGGUCUCCUGGUUACAAAAGUUUGAUAACACCCUGGGAAGGCAGAAAUGUGAGAGGUUACUUGCGUACAUGCAGUUUAUGACUGGAAUACAGUUUGAUGCAUUCAUGGAGGGCCUGAGUUUGGAGUGCGAGAUCAUGCAGAGAAUACUGCGGUUGUGCGAGUACAGGAAGUGUGGCAUUCGGACACUGUACGCUGCAAAGUUGUACAAGCACUUGAAGAAGGACAAUGACAUGAUGAUAAAGGAACAGCAGCACUCCACAUUUGUGAUGAUGAGGAAGUUUGAAGGUAUAUCACCCGUCAAGAGCAAAAUCUUUGGGAGAGACGAUGGGAAAGUCAAGAAAAUCAAGAAGUGUAUUAUGCCUCUUGAAAUUGUAGAUUUACCAGGUUUUCAUCUUUUGUCGGAGUCUGAGAAAGUUUUGUGCUCUAAUCUGCGUUUGGUCCCGAAAAACUACUUGGAAUUCAAGGAACAGCUCGUCACAGAAAAUAAUAAGUUGGGUUUCCUCAGGCUUUUGGAUGCUCGGAGGAUAGUUAAGAUAGAUGUUAAUAAAACUAGGAAAAUCUAUGAUUACUUAGUAAGCGAAGGAUUUCUUACUAAACCUUUAUAAAUAAACUCAUAA